GGACUCGGGAGCGGGAGCAGCGCCGAGCCCGGGCAGCCCCGACCGCCAUGGCCCCGGCCCCGGCCCCCCCGCGCCGCCCCCGGCCCCGGCGCCGCUGCCGGCCCCGGAUGGCGCUGCCGGUGCCGCUGCCGGUGCCGCUGCCGCUGCUGCUGCCGCUGCUGCUCCCGCCGGUGGCCGCCUUCAACCUGGAGGCGUCGCGGCCCGUGGUCUUCCGCGGGGCCCCCGGCUCCUUCUUCGGCUUCGCGCUGGACUUUUACCUGCCCGAGCCCCGCAGUGUCAGCAUCCUGGUGGGGGCCCCCAAGGCCAACACGAGCCAGCCCAACGUCACCCAGGGGGGGGCCGUGUUCCACUGCCCGUGGCCCCCCGAGGGCGGCUGCGCCCCCAUCGACUUCGACCACAUCGGGACCCGCACCCACGACUUUGGGGGCAACAGCAGCGACGGCGCCGAGCCCGUGGAGUUCAAAUCCCUGCAGUGGUUCGGGGCCACCGUGAGGGCCCACAACGGCUCCAUCCUGGCCUGCGCCCCCCUGUACAGCUGGAGCCCCCCCAAGGAGGAGGGGGGGGCGCGGGAGCCGGUGGGCUCCUGCUUCCUGUCCCUGGGCAACUUCUCCAAGUUCGUGGAGUACGCGCCCUGCCGCUCAGACCUGAACUCGGCGGCCGGGCAGGGUUACUGCCAGGGGGGCUUCAGCGCCGAGUUCACCCAGACGGGGCGGGUGCUCCUGGGGGGGCCCGGCAGCUACUUCUGGCAAGGGCAGGUGAUGUCGGCCACCCAGGAGCAGAUCGCGGCCGGGAACUUCCCCGAGUACCUGAUCCAGGAGGUGCCGGGACAGCUCCAGACACGGCAGGCGGAGCCCAGCCACGACGACAGCUACAUGGGCUACUCGGUGGCAGUCGGGGAGUUCAGCGGUGACACCACGCAAGACUUCGUGGCCGGUGUCCCCAAGGGCAACCUCACCUAUGGCUACGUCACCAUCCUCAAUGGCACCAACAUGAAGUCCCUGUACAACUUCUCGGGGGAGCAGAUGGCCUCGUACUUCGGCUACGCCGUGGCCGCCACCGACGUCAACAACGACGGCCUCACGGACCUGCUGGUGGGCGCCCCGCUGUUCAUGGCGCGCAGCGGGGCGGGGGGCGCGCGGGAGCUGGGCCGGGUGUACCUGUACCUGCAGCGGGGCGGGGCCCCGCCCGCCGCCCCCGCCGCGCUCACCGGCCCGCACGAGUUCGGCCGCUUCGGCAGCGCCAUCGCCGCGCUCGGGGACCUGGACCGGGACGGGUACAACGACGUGGCCGUGGGGGCCCCGCUGGGGGCCGAGGGUCGCCGCGGGCUCGUGUUCAUCUUCCGGGGAGGGGGCGCGGGGCUGCGACCCCGGCCCGCGCAGGUGCUGCGGGGGCUGGGCGGGCCCCGGGGCCAGCCCGACUUCUUCGGGGCCGCGCUGCGCGGGGCCAGCGACCUGGACGGCAACGGCUACCCCGACCUCCUGGUUGGCGCCUUCGGGGCGGACGCGGCCGUGGUUUACAGGGGCCGCCCCAUUGUCCACGCCAGCGCCACCCUGGCCAUUGUCCCCUCCAUGUUCAACCCCGAGGAGCGCGGCUGCGUCCUGGCCAGCGGCCACCACGUGUCCUGCAUCAAUGUCACCUUCUGCCUCAACGCCUCCGGACGUCACCUGCCCGGGCCCAUCGGGCUGGCGCUGGAGCUGAGCGUGGACGGGGCCAAGGCGGGGGGGGGCGCGGCGCGCGCUGUUCCUGGGGGGGGGCGCGGGGGGGGGGCGCCCCCCUCCCCCACGCGGAACCUGUCCCUGGAGGUCCCCAACGGGGGGACCCCGCGCUGCCGCACGCUGCCCGUGUUCCUCAGGAACGAGUCCGAGUUCCGGGACAAGCUGUCCCCCAUCCCGGUGUCACUGAGCCUGGCCCUGGACCCGGCCGCGUCCCCUCCCCCGCCGGGGCUGUCCCCGCUGCUGUCCCCGGCCACGCGCACGCGCCUGGAGGCCAAGGCCCACAUCCAGCUGGACUGCGAGGACAAUGUCUGCGUGCCCGACCUGCAGCUCGAGGCCAGCGCGGACCGCCGGGCCGUGUUCCUGGGGGACAGGAACAGCCUGAACGUGACGUUCCAGGCGCGGAACGUGGGGGAGGGGGGCGCCUACGAGGCCGAGCUGCACCUGCGACCCCCCCCGGGGGCGCUCUACUCGGGGGUGCUGCGACCCCACGGGAAUUUCUCGGCCCUGAGCUGCGAGCUGGGGGGGGGCAACGGCUCGAGCCCCCUGGUCUGCGACCUGGGCAACCCCAUGAAGGCGGGGGCCAGCAUCUGGGGGGGGCUGCGCUUCACCCUCCCCCACCUGAGCGACAACAGCAGCAGCGUCAGCUUCGAGCUGCAGAUCCGCAGCAAGAACGCCAACAACUCGCAGAGCGCCGUGGUGCCGGUGGCACUGGCAGUGAGGGCGGCCACCAGGGUGUCCGUGCUGGGGGUGUCCCGGCCCGACGUUGUCACCAUCCCCGAGGGGGGGUGGGGACCCAACCCCCCCCAGCGGCUGCAGGACCUGGGGCCACCCGUGGAGCACGUCUACGAGGUGGUGAACGAGGGUCCCAGUGCCAUCAGCCAGGGCACGCUGGAGCUCAGCUGUCCCCUGGGCCACCGCGGCCACCCCCUGCUCUACGUCACCGGCCACUCGGGGCUGCACAACUGCACGGCCAGCCACGGCAGCGACCCCCUGCGGCUGCAGGAGCGGGAGCAGAGCCCGGGGCCGCACGUGCUGCAGCGCCGGGACAGCGGGGACAGCGGGGACAGCGGGGACAGCCUGGGCUGUCCCGAGGCCGAGUGUUUCCACCUGAGCUGCCCCUCGGGGGGGCUGGAGCGGCAGCAGCGCGUCACCCUGCGCCUGAGCUUCCGCCUGCGGAGCCCCCCCCCGCGCCAGCGGGAGCUGUGGCCGCUGUCCCUGCGCUGUGACGCCGAGUUCCGCGUGCUGCGGCUGCCGUACCGGAUCCAGCCCGAGAGCCACCCCCGCCACCGGCUCCAGGUGGUGACAGCGCUGUCGCGGUCCCGGCCCGAGGCGGGCGGGGGGGUCCCGGUGUGGGCGGUGGUCCUGGCCGUGCUCCUGGGGCUGCUCCUGCUCGGCCUCCUCUGCUACGGCCUCUACAAGCUGGGAUUCUUCAAGCGCUCGGGGCCCUACGGCACGGCCAUGGAGAAGGCGCAGCUCAAACCCCAGGCGGCCUCCGAGGCCUGAGGGGACCCUGCGGUGACAGGGACACCGCGGCUGGGGACACACCCACGGCUGGGGACAUCCAUGGCUGGGGACACACCCACGGCUGGGGACACCCACGGCUGGGGACAUCCACGGCUGGGGACACCCACGGCUGGGGACAUCCACGGCUGGGGACACACCCACGGCUGGGGACACACCCACGGCUGGGGACAUGCACAGCUGGGGACACCCACGGCUGGGGACAUCCACGGCUGGGGACACCCACGGCUGGGGACACCCAUGGCCUGGGACACACCCACGGCUGGGGACACCGCGGCUGGGGACAUCCAUGGCCAGGGACACACCCACGGCUGGGGACACACCCACGGCUGGGGACAUCCACGGCCAGGGACACCCCAUGGCCUGGGGACAUCCACGGCUGGGGACACCCACGGCUGGGGACACACCCACGGCUGGGGACACACCCACGGCUGGGGACAUCCACGGCUGGGGACAUCCAUGGCCUGGGACACACCCACGGCUGGGGACACCCAUGGCCUGGGACACACCCACAGCUGGGGACACCCCAUGGCUGGGACACACCCACAGCUGGGGACAUCCACGGCUGGGGACACCUCACAGCUUGGGGACACCCACAGCCAGGGACACCCCAUGGCGUGGGGACCCCUGCAAGGACAGUGUCACCUGCAUGGCUGGGGACUCACGCAAGGACAGUGUCACCUGCACAGCCAGGGACCCCCGCAGGGUGACAGUGUCACCUGCACGGCCGGGGACCCCCCCUCUGCUGGGGCCACCCCACUCCUGGGGACCCCCACGGUGCCAGCGGUGUCACCUGCACGGACGGGGACCCCCGCAGGGUGACGUCACCGGCGUCACCGCUGGGGACCCUCCCAUGGCUGGGGACCCCGCAAGGACAGUGCCACCUGCACCAGUGGUGUCACCUGCAUGGCCAAUGUCACCUGCACGGCCCGUGUCACCUGCAUGGCCAAUGUCACCUGCAUCGGGGACAUCCCCCACGCCACGCCCCCACUGGGGACACCCACAGCGCCCACCCCCACACUGGCACGGCCACCACGGGCUGGGGACACUGUCCCAGAGCUGUCACCGGGCUGGGGACACUCACAGAACUGCCACCAGGCUGAGGACACUGUCCCAGAACUGUCACUGGGCUCAAGCCAUUGUCACAAAACUGUCACCACGCUGGGGACACUCACAGAACUGUCACCAACGCUGUCCCAGGAACUGUCACCGGGCUCAGGACAUUGUCCCAGGACUGCCACCAGGCUGGGGACAUGCACAGAACUGUCACCAACACUGUCCCAGAACUGUCACCGUCACCACGCUGGGGACACUGUCCCAGGACUGUCACUAUGGUGGGGACACUAUCCCAGAGCUGUCACCGGGCUCAGGACAUUGUCCCAGAACUGUCACCAGGCUGGGGACACUGUUCCAGAACUGUCACCGCUCUGGGGAACCACCAGGACGUGUCCCCAGGCACAGCUGCCACCACCGGGUUGGGGACACCAAACUGGGAACCCCUGGAGUGGGAACAACCAGGACGUGUCACCAGCGGGGACUGUCACUGUCACCAGCGGGGACUGUCACCAGCGGUCACCACCAGACCAGGAAUUGUCACCACGGGACCGGGAACUGCUGGCACCUGGGGUGACACCGAGCUGGCACCGGCACGGACACUGCAGGGGACACUGGGACACUACAGGGACACCACGGGGACACUGGGACACUACAGGGACACCAGGACACCUUGGGGACACCAGGAUGUGUCCCCAGAGCUGUCACCUCAGCCGGGACAGGACCUGGGUGGCACCUGGGGGCGGUGUCACGGUGUCACCCGGGGACGUUGCCACUCGCUGUCCGCCGGUGCCACCGCUGUCCCCCGGUGCCACCGCUGUCCCCGCUGUCCCCCGGUGCCACUCGCUGUCCCCCGGUGCCACCGCUGUCCCCGCUGUCCCCUCCCUGCACUGCCCCGCCCCCGCCGCGGGCACCUCACUUUGCACUGACCCCGAGCUGGGGGCACCGCCCGGACCCCCCGGCCCCGGGGUGUCCCCGGUGUCCCCAAGGUGUCCCCGGGGUGUCCCCGGUGUCCCCGGGGGUUUGCACUAUGGCGGGAGGGCGCGGGGGGGGCGUGGCUUCGGUUUGUAUUUAAUUGGGGGAGGGGCGGCCUCGGGGCCCCCCAAUAAACGAGUCUGACCCA